AUGGCUGAAGAAUCUAAAAGAGAAAGCAGUAUCUAUGAAUAUCAACAGAAACACUGGAAAGAAUUCGAUAAUCCUAAUUAAACAAAUAAUGAAAUUACCCUCUCAAAUUAAAUCUCAUUGAAUAAGCAUCAAAGCUUUUUUAAGCAACGAAAUGAGAACAAACCUGAGAACAAUUAUGCUGAUAAGCUUUUUGAAAAAGGCCAAGAAAUAUUGAAAGAUGAUUAGCAGAUGAUAAGUCAAAUGGACAAGAAGAAUACCUAUAAUGAGUAAAGAAAGAUCAGUCUGCCCUAUAAGAAGUUCAUAACUUUUGAAAUAUUUUCUGGUGCCUAAUAUGGAAUUAGAUUUCACAAAUUUUAUGAUGAGAUCAUUAAAAAUAUCAUUAGGGCUAUUCAAGGAGCAAAAUUUCUAAUGGAUAUUAGAAUGUGGGUAGUCGGUUUACCUUAUUAUGAUUAAUUGAUGGAGAAACUUAAGAAAGUUUGUGAUCAUAAUCAAAUUCAUAUUGAAGAGAUACCCCCAUUCAUUAUGAAUCUAGUUCUUCAUAAAAUUCCAUUUACUGGUCCUGAUAUAUAAUUGGGAAAUUUUAAUUAUACCAAUGAUCCAUUUGGCUUAGGUAAAAAGUUGACUGCAAUUAGUAUCAAUCUAAUAUACAAACCUGAGUGGCCCUUGCUUAUCGUGUGUCCAAAUGCUAUGAGACAUUAAUGGCUCUAAGAAAUAAUUAGAUGGAUUCCCUAAUUAAAGCUAGAAUAUAUUCAAAUAUUUGGCACAUCUACCAAUGAAGAAAUAUCACAGACAGCAAAGAUCUAUAUAAUUUCUUAUUAACUUUUGGCUAAUGAAUAGAUGCUCUAAAAAUUUGAAAAAAGGAAAGAAGGUAGAAUUAAGGUCGCAAUAGUUGACUAAGCUUCAUUUCUUAAGCAACAAGAUUCAGAGUGGGCUAAGGUUCUUGUUCCAUUCUUUAUUAACAUGAAGAGAAUAACUUUAUUAACUGGCUGCAACUUUUAUAAUAAUCCAUUUGAGAUAUAUAAUCUUAUGAAAAUUGUGAGGCCAGACUACAUACCUGACUACUUAAAGUUUUGCUAUAGAUAUUGUGACCCGAUUAAAAAGAAGUGUGGAGUUGAAUUUAUGGUUAUUGGUGUUAAACCAAUUAUUAAAAUAAUCGAAAAAGAAUUAGACGGGAAAUUCCUAGAAUAUGAACAGUAAAAUUCAGAUAGAAGUGUCUUUAAUGACAUUCUUAUGCUUAAUAAGCAUGAGUUUCCUAGCGAUGAUUAGUCUAAGAGAAAGUAACUUAUAAGUGAGUUUUAGAGUUUAUUUAAUAAGACAGGAUUAACAAAAAUUAAGUUGAUUAUUGAGACUUGUAAUGUGCUACUUGAAAAAGCUAUCAAAGAAGCUUUAAAUAAUUCUUAGGUCCAUCAUCUCAACUUUUCUACCUUUUAUGAAACUGUUGAUAACUCAUCAUAAACUCAAAAUAUCUUGAUUGAUGAGAUCAACCAAAUUAAAGAUUUAUAUGAUUAGGAUGGCAUUAGGUAAUAAGAUCAUUUAGUGGUAGGUCUCUUGAAUUAUCAAACAUUUUCAAAAGGCUAUAAGAACAUGUCUCAAUAGGCCACUUAUAAAAGAUUUAAGAAAGAAUGCUAAAAUCAUUUUGAGGCCAUUUUAUUUGCUGAAUAUCAUUGGAAGUAUGAUGUCAUUGAUAAGAUAGAAGAGAUUAUUAAACCUGAUGGUAGCUAAGUAAACUCUUAGGGAAGCAAGGAUGGAAUUGAUUAUAAAUAGAUAAGAUUCAGAAAUUCCUAUUUUAUAAAGAGCAGAGGAUCUGUUGAUGAGUUUUUAUCUAGAUUAUUAUACCAUCAAAAUUUAUAAUUAUGGGAGUAGAUGGAACAUUAAGAAGUGGCUUAGUUCAGACUGAAUACCUCAAAUGAUUUAUCUAAGUACAAAGUUUAACUUAGAAUAUAGGAUGUCAAGAAAAAGCUGCUUGAGAACCAGAAAGAAGAGGUUAAGCAUCAACUCAUGGAUAAUGACAUAACAGUGACAGCUAAAUAAUUCCAAUUUUAGCAUCCUCCUACUCAAAGCUACUAUGAUAUUGAAAAAGAUGAAAUGAAAUUGAGUUAAGCUCCAGUAGAGAAAUAUUACUCUAAAAACAGGAUUUCCCCUGAUGAUCCAAGUUAUCAAAGCAGCGUUAUUCAUAAUUGUAAAAUUACUGAUCCAGUAGUCCAAAAUCCUGAAGCAAUAAGUGAAGAUGAAGAGGUAUAGCACAAGAAAUUUUUAGAGCAAACUCAAAUUAACAAUACCUAGAAGAGCUAAUUAAAUUCUAGUUCUAAAGGCAAAAAGGACAAUAUGAAAUAGUAGAAGUUAGUGUUCCAGAAGGUCCAAAAAACAUAUGUAACCUAGGAUAGCUAUUAAGCUACAUCCGAUAUAGAUGAAGAAUAUGAGGAUUAAUCAUAAAUAUUCCGAAAGUAAAGCGAUUAAUUAGAUAUUGAAACUUAAUAAACAAGAUUAGGAGUAAAUGAUACAUAGAGAAGAGAUUAAACGAGUAGAGGCAUAACUUAAAUUACUUAAGAGACGGUGAAGUCACUUUCAGCCACUUAACUCAAAUUAAAUAUGAUUGAUACAUAAAUGAGUGCCGGUAAAAACUCAUAGUUCUCUGCAGGUGGUUUAAGUCAAUAAAGAACUUUGAAAGACUUUUAAAAGGUCGGAUUCGGCUAUUAUCUGAAUAAAAAAUUAUAAGAUUAAAUAGAUGAACAGUAGUAGAAAGAAGAUAAGCUAAAUAUGAAAAGGAAAAAUUUAGAAAGAGACAGCUAAGAUAUAGAAUAAGAUCCAAUUUAAGAUUUGACUAUAAAUAAAAGAAUCAAAUUAAAAUGA